AGGCUUUGAGAGGGACCUGCACAUCCUGUGCACCGUCGGCGAACUUCUCGCCAUGGAAGACCGCAGAUUCACAGUCGAGCUCAUGGGCGGUUAUGAGGGGGCGAUGAGCAUAGAGGAUGCGAGACUGAAGGACAUGAGAGGUCUGGUGGGCGGUGGCGGUCCCGGGUUCCCUGGAUGGAGUCAAGAUUGUGGUAGGAAGUCGCCGACGGAGAGAGGUGUCGGGCAACGGGUAGACGGGCAUCCGUGGACGUUUGAUGGGAUGGACAGGCCCGGUCCUGGCGGGGGGCAGCAAGGGUUUCAUGGCGUGGAAUCGACCCCGGCAGGUGGCAAUCUGCAAGGAGUGGUGCCACGUGGCGGUGUAGGGGACGGGUACAACGAAGAGGCUGUCCAUCACACUUCGAGGGUGGAUGCCAGUCUCCCACAGUUCGACGUCAAUUCGCAGGGGUGCGGUGCAUGGGGAGGAGGACAGCCGCAGUGUCGAUCGCCGUCAGUGCAGCACACGCCGUACAUUGCACACCAACCUCGACUGUCAAUGGCAGAUCGACAGCAUGGCCAUCCUACAGACAAUUUCGACCGCCAAAUGACGCACCUUCGUCGUGGUCACCAAACACCGUGCACACCUGCCACUGCGCCGACAGGGGGAAGAGUUGACGACUUGUCUCCUGCACGGCGCAUGGCGUCCGCAUCGGGGCAUUCCGGGAUGUGGGAUGGAAUGCCGUCACCGAUGGGAUCAUCCAUCGGAGGAGGGUCACGAGAGAUGACCGGGGAUGUCGGGGCGUCUGAUCCUAUGCGACAUACGGUGCGUGGCGAACAGCACCUCCCAUCACCGCCUGUCCACCAGCCUGUUACGACAGGCGAAAGGGGUUCUUCUCACACUUUCCCUGACAACGAAGGACCGACAUCAGGUGGUGCUUUCGCUGAUGGGCCGACUGUCUUGAGCGAGGAGACGAACACAGUGCGUGGCAGACAACGGGCCCGCAAAGCGCCUCCUCCGGCAACACCAAAAAAACACACACCUUGGUCCUUGGAGGAACGCAUGUGCCUUGCGAAGAUCUGCGGGGAGGACGAUGCUUUGAUGACAGACGCAAACUGUCCUCACAGGCACAUGACACGGGGGAGAAGGUACGAGUGGAUCAACGACCGCAUGCGUGAUGCGGGAUACAAUCGGACACCUGAGGACUGCAAGAAGAAGUGGACAAAGAUGAAGGACACUGUGAACCUCAUCUCCAACAAGUUUGACCGAUCUGGGCAGGCUGGGUACUACAACGUGACUGCUGAUGAAAGGAGGGAGAAGGGGGUUCCGCUUGGCUUCGAACGCUCUCUGUGGGACGCCAUGGAAUGGUGGAGGGUGAAGGCUUCAUUCAAAUGCAACCACACCCUUGCAUUGGAGGAGAUGGAUGUACCUGAGUCGGGGGGUGUGAAUGAAGAGGCGGGCGGGCCCGAUCGUGCCGGCGAGGCGGCUUCCGAGGGUGGCGGCACCGAUGCUUCGGAUCACAGUGCAAAGACAUGGCGAACAUCGGCGGGCAGGGUUCGUGGAGACGGUUCGCCGGCGACGGCGGUGAUGAGGGCGAUCAUGGAGGAAUCGACGAAGGCUCUCGUCGAUGGGCUGGAUAAAGCCUCCGGGACGCUGGCACGUGCGACAACGGAAGGGGCUUCGAUGCUCUCCUCCCGGACACAACAGAUAGGCGUCGUUGCCAGGGCUAUGCAGGAAGGGAACGCCGUCAUGGCCAGCCUUGUGGCGGUUAUGGCCUCCAGGUGCACAUCAUCGCAACAGCCCACAUGAUGAACAACGGGGAUGUAGAUGCAGAGCCGAAAUGAUCGGCGUGCUGUCGCGU